CACGGCCCAGCCCAGCCCGGCCCAGGCGGGCCCGAGGAUGCCGGGGGCGGCGGAGCGGCAGCGCCCGGCCGAGCGGCGGCCCCACUGACGGCCCCGCCAUGUCGGUGAUGGUGGCGAGGAAGAAGGUGGUACGGAAAUGGGAGAAACUGCCGGGCAGGAACACCUUCUGCUGCGAUGGCCGCAUCAUGAUGGCCCGGCAGAAGGGCAUCUUCUACCUGACGCUAUUCCUCAUCCUCGGCACCUGCGCCCUCUUCUUCACCUUCGAGUGUCGAUACCUGGCAGUCCAGCUCUCUCCAGCCAUCCCUGUGUUUGCAGCAGUUCUCUUCCUGUUUGCCAUGGCCACACUCCUGCGGACGAGCUUCAGUGAUCCUGGGGUGAUCCCAAGAGCCCUGCCUGAUGAAGCAGCCUUCAUUGAGAUGGAGAUUGAAGCCACCAAUGGGACUGUGCCACAGGGUCAGCGCCCGCCCCCACGGAUUAAGAACUUCCAGAUCAACAACCAGAUAGUGAAGCUGAAGUAUUGCUACACGUGUAAGAUCUUCCGUCCACCCCGUGCCUCUCACUGCAGCAUCUGCGACAACUGUGUGGAGCGCUUUGACCAUCACUGUCCAUGGGUGGGCAACUGCGUGGGGAAGAGGAACUACCGCUAUUUCUACCUCUUCAUCCUCUCGCUGUCACUCCUCACCAUCUACAUCUUCACCUUUGACAUAGUCUACGUAGCACUGAAAUCUCUGAAGAUUGGGUUCCUGAACACAUUGAAGGAAACCCCAGGGACUGUACUGGAGGUGCUCAUCUGUUUCUUUACCCUGUGGUCGGUGGUGGGGUUAACUGGGUUCCACACCUUCCUGGUGGCACUGAAUCAGACAACCAACGAAGAUAUCAAGGGUUCCUGGACUGGAAAGAACCGUGUGCAGAAUCCCUACAGCCAUGGCAACAUGGUGAAGAACUGCUGUGAGGUGCUCUGUGGGCCUCUGCCCCCCAGCGUCUUGGACAGACGGGGCAUUUUGCAGCAAGAGGAGAAUGCAGCUCAGGAGGAGACGUGCACACGGGGACCCAGUGCUCAAGAGCCCACUGCUGCUCAGGGCCCUGGUGGGCAGGCAGAAGAGAGCAGCACUCAACAGGAUGGCAGCCUUCCUCACCAGAGUGCCGUCCCUGUGCCAUCCCUGAGCAACGCUGAGAUGCCAGAGAAGAAGCAGCUAACAACUGGGGAGCUCCCAGCCCUAUCCCAGGAUGCUGGGCAAGCAGAGCACUAGCCUCUGCUUGAAAGGGAGAACUUUCUUGUAUUGUCGAAUCAAAGCUGGAAGUGAUUGAGGAGAGGAGGAGAUGGGCUGGAUGGCAGGCAAAUGAUUCCUCACGGCCGUUUUGCUUUAGUCAUUAUUCAUCUCGAUGUGCAGGCAGUGCGGGCUGGUGCUGAUCUUGCAUGGUGGCCAAGGAUAACGAGCACAAGUGGCCCACUGUGAUCACUGAGGGACACUCCCCACCACUGGCUGGUCUCCCUGCAGGCCGAGGCAGGAACUCUUGCUCUGCAGGUUGUCUUCAACGCUAAAUACUGGCUCAGUGGUCUGAGCUGUCCCCACGUCUGGCUCUGACUGAGCAGAUGACUUGUGGUCACACAGCUUGGAUGCGACGUUAGGGCCGGCCUGUGCCCUGCUGCUGAGGAAUCCUGAUGGGAAGGGGAAAGCGAUUUAUGGCAGUAACGUCCUCUCUCCCCUCCUCCCUCCUUCCUCUAAUCUGUGGCAUUGUUUUAUUGGUGAACGUGGCAGGGGUUGUUCAGGAGACAUUGCGGUGCCAAAAGGGCCCAAAAAACUGGGAAGGUGUUCUGCUGGCAGUGGUUUCUCAAGUCAUUUCCUUCCUGUGUUCCCUCCUCACACGACUCAGCAGGUGUGAGAGCGGUGGUGGUGUGGGCCUUCCUUGGCAUCUUUCCCUGCAGCUCACGUGUGCCGGGGCGGGGAAAGGAGCAGAGCAGCCCUCCUUCCUGCUGCUUGUCUCUGCGUGCACGGUGUGCCCAGCUGCCUCCCGGCCUCAUGCCAGGGCUGAAGGUGCUGUGGGUGCCUGCACCCUUCCCUGCCGGGCUGGGUCACACCGCUCAGCUGCUGCUCCAUGCAACCUCAGCCCCGAUUCUGUGUGGUGUUGUCGUGUCCCCGUGCCCCCCCCCUGCAUUUCUCAGACAUCUUUGACCGGCUUAUAGAGCCUUCGUACUGCCCUACUGCACGAGGAAGCAGGAGAGGUGGUGAAGGCCCUGAUACUAGUUUCCAAUCAUAGCUCUCCCUCUCUGGGGCCAUGCAGAGGCUGGAGCUGGAGGGAAGGUGUCUUUGUGUCCCAGCAGCUCACCAUCCCUCCCAUCUGGGUGUGCUCCAUGCUGCAGUACCCCCCUCAUUCCCUGUCCUUCUGCAUCGUGCUGCUUCCAGUAGUGAUGUGAGAUGGAGAGGAGGGCAGUCUGGUCCCUGCAGCUGCCUGCAAGGAGUUCUGGAGUCCUUCCCUGCGUAUCUGGAGUGGCCCCACUGCCCUUGCACACCUCUCCUGCCUGCACCAAUGCUCUACUGGGCAAAUCUCAAAGUCAUUGCAAA